GGAAAUAAAGAAAUGUAACAUGUUUAAAACUUAUACGAAGGAAAUUAUAUAUUUGGUACAAAAUUUUAAAUGAAUGUUUAUUAAAAAAUGUCAAAUUUAAAUGUUCUUAACCUAAAAAGUUUUUUUUUAAUCUGCAAAGAUUUAUAUUAGAGGGCUUGUUUUCAUCAUGUAGACAUCUUGUUAAGACAAAACAAUUUGAAUGAACGCAAACAACAAAUCGCAUGCUUUGUUGCUGCUUUUGUGGAACCUGUAAUUGGUCCACAAAACGAGCGAUUGUGAGACAUUGCAUUUGAAUUUGUGUAUGAAAUUUUAAUUUGCAAUUUUACAAAUAUUAAUAUCUUGAUUGUUAAACUAUAUCUAGUUAAACUUAUUGAAAGUGUGGAAAUCCCAACUGUGAAAAUAGUUAUCGAUACUAUAAUAAAAUUUACGUAAAAGAAAAGAGUGAAUAAAUUACGAUGGAUGAUUAUAAGAUGGUGGAAAACUUCCAGUUGAAAGCCAAACAACAGGAUAAUGUAUCACCACGUGCUACUGAAGAUGUUGAUUUGGAGGAAAAGCAUUCACAGUUGAGGGGAUUUGCAGAAAAGUUGAGAGCGGAAUACCAUGAAGCUUACCGCCAAAUGACUGGAGAGUUGAGGCCUUCACACUUAAAAGGGUUCGCUGAAGUGCUAAUGAAGCAUCAAAAGCAUGUGGUACAAAAUCAAGAUGAAUUAAUCUGUGAAAUGAGAGAACAGUUGAUGAAAUCCCUGAAAAAUUCUUUAUAUCGAUUUUGGAAUGAAUAUGAUGUUACGGAUCGAGUAGCUGAAUUGGAAAUGUUAAAAGAGCAAUGCCAAAAAUUCAAAGGAAGCUCAUGGAAUGUCCGUCUAAUGAAUCCUUUACAGAGAACUUUGCCGUUACGAAUGCGCUUUAAGGAAGCCAGAUUACAUUACCUAGAAAAACAACUGAAUUAUCAAAAUGAACAAUUAAAGAGUUUAAUGGCGGUGAAUUGUAGAGAACGGUCUCGGGUUUGCAACAUGGAACAGCAAAGAAAAUCGAUGUUAGUGACUUUAGUACGAUACACUAAAGAUAUCGAGAAGAGAAAGUUGCUUGGCAAGCAAAUAACAACCCAUUUAAUGUUUAAUACUGAUUAAGAUUUUGUUUUAAAAUAAAGAUAAUAAUGAAUUAUU